GUAAAUAUUUUCAUCUCUCUCAAAUCUCACUUCUUUUCUCUGUCACCAUUGAUCGAUGGACAAAGCAGCAAAGUGGUUUCGGGGCCUCUUCGGCCUGAAGAAGGACCACUCGCCGUCGCAAUCGGCGGCGAAGCCUCCGAAGAGAAGAUGGAGCUUCGUCAAAUCACAUAGUGAAAGGGACCGCACACCUACAAAAAACACCACCACCGAUGACGCCGUUGAUCCGAGCAAGCACGCCAUCACGGCGGCGGAGAAGAUAACGAGCAGCGGGAGGUCCAAUGCCACUACCGCUACAUCCGCGGCUUACGUUAGCGAAUGGGCAGUGAUUACGAUACAGGCGCACUUCCGAGGCCACCUGGCAAGGAGAGCAUUGCGAGCAUUAAAAGGACUGGUGAAGCUACAGGCACUGGUUAGAGGUCACAUUGUGAGGAAGCGAACUGUGGAAUUGGCACAGAUCCUGCAGGCGAUGUAUCGAGCCCAAGCACGUGCUUGUGCUAGGCGGGCUCAAAUUUCUGAAUCCCCACAUUCAAGCAAUAAGUCCUCUCAAUUCCAAGCAAGGAGAGAAUUGCGAGCAUUAAAAGGACUGGUGAAGCUACAGGCACUGGUUAUAGGUCACAUUGUGAGGAAGCGAACUGUGGAUGUGGUACAGCGCCUGCAGGAUUGGUUACGAGCCCAGGCACGUGCUUGUGCUGGGCGGACCCAAAUUUCUGAAUCCCCACAUUCAAGCAAUAAGUCCUCUCAAUUCCAAGGCCCUGCAACUCCUGUGAAAUUUGAACGUGCCAUAUCAUCAAAGAUUGCAAAACAUGACCAGUCACCAAUGCUUCUCAAGCAGAGAAGCAGCUCAAAAUCAACUGCCCGGGUGAUCAUUCAUCAAGACAAGGCACAUAACGAUUGGAUGGAGUUGGACCACAAAAUGGAUGAAGGAUCAUGGGACCGAAAGCGGCCUCAUGGUUUGGCUUUGGAUCAAUGUAAUCAUAGCUUUAGCACUUCCAAAGAUUCAACAGCCCAUCCAACAGUUCCGAGCCCAUCUUCUUGUGAAGUUCACUCUUUAUGCCCUUUAAAGUCUAUGCAAGGCAACACCGAGGAAAGCCCUUUCUGCACAGCCAACAAUGGCCCACAAUUCUACUCGGCAUCAUCAAGGAGUGGUAGCCCUAAGAGAGGUCCAUUCACUCCUUCUAAGAGUGACGGAUCAAGAAGCAGCCUAAGUUGUCACUACCCCAAUUGCAUGGCUUGCACUGAAUCUUCAAGGGCUAAGGUGAUGUCCCUCAGUGCUCCAAAACAAAGGCCUCAAUUUGAGAGCUCUGUUUCAUCCAAAAGGUACUCAGUUCAUGGGUAUGGUGAGUCCAGAUCAAGCAGCCUAAGGGUUUCCGCCAACUUUGCAAACAAAGCUUAUCUGGGGUCUGGUCGUUUGGAGAGGCUUGGAAUGCCUGUGAGAGGCGAAGUUCACUCUUUAUGCCCUUUAAAGUCUAUGCAAGGCAACACUGAGGAAAGCCCUUUCUGCACAGCCAACAAUGGCCCACAAUUCUACUCGGCUUCAUCAAGGAGUGGUAGCCCUAAGAGAGGUCCAUUCACUCCUUCUAAGAGUGACGGAUCAAGAAGCAACCUAAGUUGUCACUACCCCAAUUGCAUGGCCUGCACUGAAUCUUCAAGGGCUAAGGUGAGGUCCCUCAGUGCUCCAAACAAAGGCCCCAAUUUGAGAGCUCUGUUUCAUCCAAAAGGUACUCAGUUCAUGGGUAUGGUGAGUCCAGAUCAAAGCUUAUCUGUGGUCUGGUCGUUUGGAGAGGCUUGGAAUGCCUGUGACAGGCGAUGCAAUCUGGCUCAAUGCUGGCCACUGGAACAGAUUCUAGAAUAGUCUUUUUUUCUUUUUCUUUUUUCCUUCCUAUUUUUAGAAUUGGUGUCCAAGCUAGUUUACGUUUACCUCAACUAAAAUGCCUUUUGAGGGUUUUGAGUCCUCUUGUUUAUCAAAUUAAUCUUCCUAACUAAUGUACUUAGCUACAGUUUUUUGUCCGUUUUGCUAGGUGAAUCUAUGUUUAUGCUUUAGGGUUAAUUUGAAUC